AUGGCUUAUCCUGUUCUCGUUUCACUAGAUAAAACAACAGUUCAUAUCCUAAAUCAUGAUGAAUACCCCCUCUCCGUUAAUGGAAAACAGCAGAUUCGCAGGCUUCAAGAAAGAAUACAUUCCAUGAGAAAAAUUCUCGGCAUGUACCAUGGAGAUGGCAGCAGGUUGGAAGGAAGAAUUAGGGAUGCAGCUAAUGAAGCAGAUGAUGUUAUCGAGCAUUUGAUGCACGAGCAUAUCCGAUCAACCGCUGCUGGACUAGCCACCGAUAUUCAAUAUGAUUUAGGUGAGCUGAAUAUGGUGAUGGAUGAAUUUGACUCCAUUGCUAAAGAGACGGAUGAGCUCAUCCAACAAAACAGAGUGAAGCCCACACCUGCUGUCGGUAGGAUGCUUCAGUCAUCUCCAACGCCCACACCUGCUGUCGAUAGCUUCCCUGUUGGUCUUGAGGAGCAGGUGGAUAAAUUAAGAGUUUUUCUCUUCCAACGCAAGCAAGAACUAAAGUACAUCAUCCGAAUCACUGGGAUGGGUGGUAUUGGAAAGACAACUCUUGCCAGAGCUAUUUUUGAAGAUGAGCAAGUUGUCAACUACUUUCCAGUUCGUGCCUGGAUCCAUGUGUCCCAGAAUUAUGAAAUCCAGAAUGUCUAUGAAGAGCUCUUAUUUUCCUUGGAGAAACAAGUCGGAAAAGGACUUGUGAAUGAUUGUGACACAACAGAACAAAAAAUAGUCCAAAUCUUGAUUAAGAACAAGUUCCUGAUCGUGCUGGAUGAUCUAUGGAGUGAUAAAGCUUGGGACAAAAUAAGCAAGGUAUUUCCCUUCACAAGUAACGACUAUGGGAGUCGGACUCUGAUAACCACAAGGGAUAAAGAUGUGCUUUCUGUUUCCAAUAAUAAUGCUCACAAGAUGGAUGUCAUGGAUGAGAAUUUAAGUUGGUGUCUGCUGAAGCAAAAGGUGUUUGCUAGUAAGGAAUGUCCAUCUGAUUUGGAGAAGGCCGGAAAGGAUAUUGCAAAAGCUUGUAAGGGGCUGCCCCUUGCAAUUGUGAUAGCUGCUCGUAUAUUGUCUCAACGAGUUCAGAGUCAAUCCUCAUGGGAGGAACUUGCACAAAACAUACGUUCACUUAUCGUGGAAGACAAGCAGUUUCAAGAGACAAUGUUAAUGAGUUAUACCGACUUGUCUCGUGAUUUGAGGUCAUGUUUCUUGUACAUGUGUGGCUUCCAUGACGAUUAUGAAAUUCGAGUCUCCGUGCUUUUCAAGUUAUGGAUGGCUGAAGGAUUUGUGGAAUAUCAAAGGGAGGUUGAAUAUAUUAUGACCGUGUUCGUGAGCAAAAAUCUGGCUUCGAUCACGGCCAUCAAGUGCAAUGGUAGAAUCAAAAGUUGUAGUGUCCAUGAUUUGGUAAGUGACUUGUACAAGAUAAAGGCGAUAGAUGAGAAUUGUGAGCGACGAAUCAGUAAUUCUCGUCUUGAUCUGAGGGAGGUUGCAAGAGCGUAUGCCUCGACCAUGCGCUCUGUUAUAAGUUUCCAACCAAGUGAAAGCUCACUACGCAGUUUGCGAAAGUUCAAAUUGCUGAGGGUGUUGGAUGUGGUGGAUACGGAUGCCUACUCCCUCCCUGCCUCUGUGUUUGAUCUCUUUCACUUGAGGUACCUUGCUUUCGGAUGUCCAAUGGAGGUUCCAUCGGCCAUUUCCAGACUCCAGAAUCUUCGAUCUUUGAUCAUCCGUCCCAGCAAGAGAUCAAAGAAAUACAAAUACUCAAGGGAUGAGGUAUACCUACCGGUAGAGAUCUGGAUGCUGCCACAUUUGACGCAUCUUGUAUCCUUUUUCGAUCUCUUGCCAAUUCCAGAAGGCGGCGCGCCUUCUUCAUUUUUUCUGGAGGAGCUGCGCACACUGUCUGUGGUGAAGAAGCUGAUAUGCACAGAAGAGGUGAUGAACCUGAUUUGCAACGUGGAAAAGCUCCCAGUCACUUAUUUUGGAGACAGAUAUCAACUAGACUAUCAGCUCCACAAUCUUGUUCUUCUGACUCAACUUGAGAAGCUGACACUAGUUUUGGAGAAAGGUUCUCUUCCUCAGCGAAUAGCUAAACCAAUUUUCCCUACGACACUGAAAAAGUUAACCUUGAGUGGUUGGCGAUUUUCUUGGGAAGAUAUGAAAGCUAUUGCAGCUCUACCCUAUCUACGAGUGCUAAAAUUGAGAGAUCAUGCCUUUCAAGGACGUACGUGGAAAACUAUGGACAAGAGUGAUGAAGUACAAUUGUUUGCUACACUGGAAUACUUGCUAAUUGAGAAAUCUGAUUUGGAGAAGUGGAUUACUAGCUACCGCCAAUUCCCAGCUCUGAAGCGCCUAGUUCUCAAUAGUUGUGGUAAGCUGAGUGAGAUUCCGAAUGCCAUUGGAUACAAACGUUAUCUUGAACUAAUUGAGGUUGAUAGUAAAAACCUCUCUCUUUUAAAGUGUGUCCGAGAGUUCCAGAAGAAACGUACUAACAAAAUUUUCAGUGGCCUUGAAGUUCGAGAAUUAUGA